UGUAUAAUUAUGGGUUCUAGUUUAUCGUGUGUAAUUUAUUUUAGCUCUAAAUGAGCUUUAGAGCCCCCCCAAUAUAUGAAUUUUAGCCCCCCAAGUGUUUGUCAAAAUUCCUCACUGAACCAAAUCUGUAAUUUUUCAUAUUUUAAGAAAUUUUCUGAUGAGAUACAAACUACUCAUUUUGCCUUUGGUUGAAUUGAAUACCAUAACCACAUUCUUGCGUAAGAAAGUAGCCGCUAAAGGUAUACUUCUAAAUCAAACAAUAUGAUCUACGGAUUGAACUCCAAUAGUGGAUCCUUAGAAGACCAAAACCAUAAAGUCCACUUCUUAGUGGACUCGAGUUUGAUGUAGCUGCAUUCUAUGUGCUUUUAGCAUAGUUGAUUCAGCUGGAAUUCCAAAUAGUUGAGUUUUAGUUUAUCUCAAUUGGAUUUGAACCAAUUUGCUACUCAGGAAUGUUUUCGACGUUUGCCAGAAUCAGGACUUUGUAUUCGUCGACUACAUUCACCAACAACACCAGCAUUUUUAGAUGUAUUAAAACUAUAGCACCUUCCAUCGACCAGUGCAGCAAUCCUUUCAGCGGUAAAGGUAGUUGUGGCAGAAGUGUGCCUAAUGAUGACUACUUUGCAACAAUUCAUCAUGUAUCUAACAUUGUACGACGGGAUAUUUACCUGGAGCGGACUCUUAACAAGAUGCAUAUUUCAAGAAUUGUCAACUCUGAACUGGUGUACCGUGUGCUUCGAAGUUGUUGCCAGCAUGGUAUCGAAUCUUUUCGUUUCUUUAACUGGGCUCGGACUCAACACCCUCAGUAUGAUCCAACUACCGUAGAGUUUGAAGAACUUCUUAAGACCCUUGCCCGGACUGCCCACUGGGAGACAAUGUGGAAAGUAGUCCAGCAGAUGAAAGCCCAAAAUAUUCCUAUCUCACCGUCCAUUGUUUCAUUCAUUAUUGAACACUAUGGGAAGCGUGGUCUCAUUGAUCAGGCUGUCGAGCUCUUCAAUCGGCUCAAGAACUUCGGCUGUUCUCAAACUACUGAAGUAUACAAUGCUAUGCUUUUCGCACUCUGUGAGGUCAAGAAUUUCCAAGGGGCCUAUGCAUUGAUUCGGAGGAUGAUACGGAAAGGUACUGUUCCAGAUAAGCUGACAUAUUCUAUUCUUGUAAAUGGCUGGUGUUCUGCCGGGAAGAUGAGAGAGGCACAAGAGUUCUUGGAGGAAAUGAGUCGAAAGGGCUUCAAUCCUCCUGUACGUGGGAGGGACCUGCUAAUUGACGGGUUGCUCAGCGCUGGAUAUCUAGAAUCAGCUAAAGGAUUGGUGAGAAAAAUGACAAAGGAGGGGUUUGUGCCAGAUGUUGGAACAUUCAAUUCUUUGGCAGAGGCUGUAUGUAAAACUGGGGAAAUCGACUUUUGCAUUGACCUUUUCAAUGAUGUUUGUAGAUUGGGGCUUUGUCCUGAUACUGAGACUUAUAAGAUUGUCAUAACUGCUGCAGCAAAGGCUGGUAGGAUUGAUGAGGCAUUUCAGAUUCUUCAUAGGUCCAUUGAAGCUGGACAUCGGCCAUUUCCCAGUUUAUAUGCUCCAAUUCUAAAAGCUUUCUUCCGGAGAGGACAGUUUGAUGAUGCAUUUAGCUUUUUCAGUGAUAUGAAGGUGAAAGGGCAUCCACCAAAUCGACCUCUUUAUACCAUGUUGAUAAAGAUGUGCUGUCGUGGAGGUAGAUUUGUAGAGGCAUCUAAUUAUUUAGUAGAGAUGACGGAGUUAAAUUUGUUGCCUAUGUCACGAAGCUUUGACACGGUGACAGAUGGAUUGAAGAAUUGUGGAAAGCACGAUCUAGCCAAAAGGAUCGAGCAGUUGGAGAUAUCUGUCAAGGGCAUCUGAAUUAUUAUUGUGGAUCGUGCAGUUUCUCCGAUAGAUGUGGAAUCUCUAUUGCUCCGGCCAGCCCUUCAAAGUGACCGAGAAUCACACUCGAGAGUUUUUCUUAGGGAAGGAAGAGAACAUAAAUUCCCUUUUAUAUACAAGUAUAUAAAUUACUACUGCAUUUAGGUGUUUGUUCAAAUGUGGUUCAAGUCUCAGCACAUUUUGCCCAUUCGUGCUACUGGAAACUCUCGAUGGAAGUUCAUUAGUUGCAAAUGACAAGACUCACCCAGUGUCUUGUUUGGCUUGAAUGUGAAAACGUACAAGAAUAAGAGUGAGAGAGGGGUGAUGGAUAGCUGUUAAGUUCAAAAAUUGGGUGGUCAAUGAAAUGUAAGGAGUCCUAUUGUUGUGCAUCUUUAUUCAUCAGCUUGUCUUUGACAUUUUUCUGUUAAAUUAUUAAUGGAGGCAUCCAAUGCCCCUAAUAUAUCAACACAUUGUGUUUGUUUCCUUCAUUUUUUUGUCUAAAUAUUACUCAUUUCCUUCUCCUUUGCAUUAGGAGGUGAUGAUAUUUCCUAGAAUCAAUUAAUGAAAUAUUUCGAGAUUUGAUAUAGUAACUAGAGAUAGCAUAAUUUAUCUAUAAUAACAUACUAAUACAUAUGUCAUUCAUUGAUUAUUGCAUCACAUAGUACACAAGAGAACUCAAAAUAGGUUAAAAAAAA